GAAAGUGAGUGGGUGCGAUGGUGGCGGCUAUAUAAAGCCAAAUUCUUCUGAUGAGCUAUCAAACGAUCCACCGGCGACCGUGCAACCAACACAGUCGCUACAAUCAUGAAGUUCUUUUUGGUCGCAGUUGUGAUCUCCGUCGCAGUCUCGCAAGCCCAUGGUGGCUUUGGAGGCGGCGGUGGUGGCUACUCUGGAGGCGGAGGAUGGUCAUCCGGAGGUGGUGGUGGCUGGCCCUCUGGAGGCGGCGGCGGAUUUAAGUCUGGCGGUGGUGGAGGAUGGUCCGGAGGCGGUGGUGGCGGCGGAUGGUCCGGAGGCGGAGCUGGAGGUUAUGGAGGUGGCAGUCCUCAAAUCGCUAAGGUGAUCAUUGUCAAGAGCGGCGGCGGCGGUGGUUAUGGAGGCGGUUUUGGAGGAGGCCUUGGAGGCGGCUCUGGUGGAUGGAGCACCGGAGGCGGUUCCGGCGGAUGGAAGCUUGGAGGCGGCUCUGGAAUUGGAGGCGGCUCUGGAGGUUGGAAGAUUGGAGGCGGUGGUCUCCGAGGUGGUGGAUACGGAGGAGGCUCUAGCUUCGGAGGUGGCUCAGGAGGCUGGAAGAUUGGAGGCGGUGGACUUGGGGGUGGACUCGGAGGCGGCUCUGGAGGCUGGAAGAUUGGAGGCGGUGGUCUCGGUGGCGGAUAUGGAGGUGGCGCUAGUAACGGAUGGAGCGUCGGAGGCGGCAGUCUUGGAGGCGGAUAUGGAGGUGGCGCCGGAGGCUGGAAGCAGGGCGGUGGUGGAGGAGGAUGGAGCCUUGGAGGCGGCAGUGGUCUUGGAGGAGGCUAUGGAGGCGGUGGUGGUGGCUGGAAGUCCGCUGGUGGUAGCGGAGGACUCGGCGGCUUUGGAGGAGGCUCUGGAGGACACGGUGGGUGGUCCAGCGGCGGCUCUGGAGGCUUUGGAGGCGGCAGCAUUGGAGGUGGCUCCAAAGGUUGGUGGUAAAUUUUGGACUGAAAAUUCCUGCGGUCAUCACAUUCCUCGCGCACGCAUUUAAAAUCGACGACCUAGCCCUCUGUGUUGAGUGUUUUUAUACCAGCUUGUGUCUGUAUUGUAAUGCCCCAACUGCACAUAUGAAAAUAAAGCAUGUUUGUAGCAUAUUUUUGUAAAAACUAAAAACAAGAUAUUUUUCUUACUAUU